GGGGCUAAGGUUUGGGGCAGAGAGAAGCAAUGCUCAGCACAGCGAGCCUUCCGCCAUUUUCGCUCUGCAACCCCACCUCUGCUCGGGCCACCACCGCCUCUCGGUGCACUACAUCCUCUUCCGUUGUUCCAUCACUUCAUGGGGUCCCAAGAUUCCCCCUUUCCGAUUCCCCCAGCACUACGCCGCCGCCCCGCCUCUCGCUCUCUGCUUCGCCGCUGCUCCGGAGCACCCAUUAUCGCAAUGGUAUCUCCGCUGGCGCAGUGAAGAGCCGCCGGAAGGACCGGAGCAACGGCGCUCUUGAGAUGGACGGAUUCGAUGACGACGACGGCGAUGAGGAGGAUGAGGACGAGUUGUGUCUGCCUUUCGGGAAGAUGCAGCAGUGGCUGGAGAACAAGCCGCGGGGGUUCGGUGUCGCGAAGGUUUACGACACCUCCAUUGAGGACAAGCUGCUCGAGGAAAUGUUGCAGAGCCGGCAAGCUCAGGCUGCUAACAUCAACAAGCUUAAGAACGCUCCCGUCAAUCCCGCCCCCAAAAGAGACGCGUCCCAGCUCAAAGUGACUGGAGAAAGUCCCAGCAGCAUCCGUGUCCGUGUUGUUAACCUGCCUAAGAAAAAGAACGUCCACAGAGAUCUGAAAUUGGCUUUCGAUGGCACCCCCGGGAUGCUCAACAUCGUUCCAGCGGUCUCCGGGAAUCAAAAAACAAGGGAUCCUGUCUGCAAGGGCUUUGCUUUUGUUGAUUUCAAAUCUGAGAAGGAUGCUGUCAGGUUUGUAGAAACAUUUUCUAGGCGAAGCAUUACAUUUGGGAAGGUUCAGAAGCAAAUUGAAUGUGAGAUUGAAAAUCGUCGUUCAUCCAUUUCUGCUGAUGGGGAAUCAGAAAAUGAAUUAUAUGCUGCUGCUUCUCGGCCAAUGGAUCUCGAUGUGGAAGGAGAACCAGCAGUCUCUUCCGUGGUUGAUGACUCAUUUUCAGAUUCACGGGAGGAUCUUACCUCUGAGCAGGAAGAUGACGCAGAUGGCGAUUUUGUAGAAGCAGAAUUUGAAGAAACUUACGAGGACAUGGAAAGUCUCACCCUGUCAGAACUCAAUUCCAGUAACAGCGUGGACCGCGGGUUCAUAUCUCCAAGUGCUUCAGUUUCUUCGGAGCAGAAGAGUAGGAUGCCAGUUUCCGUGAAGAAACAAGGGAAAAGUCGUGUGAAAAGGCAAAAGCCAAGCGGUAAAGGCAAUGGAGUAAAGGUGAAGGUGAAGGUUCCAAAGCUAGGAGUGCCAGGAUCUGCAAAACGGCUAAAGAUCAAGGAGAAGGCUGUCCUUAUUGGGGUGUUCUCCAAAUAUGGAGCAAAGGCUGAUUUUGCUUUGAAUCAGGAGAGCUAAAACUAAUAGACACAAUGUCGUGAUGAAUUAAAGAGAACUAUCCUCCAUUAGCUUGGAAUCAGAAUCAAGAUGUAUACUCCAAUCUCUUGUAAUCUUACAUGCGAGUUCUCUGUCUGUA